UCUGCAACCGCUUUUCUCUCUCCUUCUUCCAUCUACGAAACUGAGACAAAUACAAUCUGCCAUUUCAAAGGGCAUUUCAUAACCCUAACUGAGACGUGAUCUGAGAUCAGUGAUGAAAUCCAAAUUUUCCUCUCUCUCUCUCUCUCUCUCUCCAUUUUUCUCUCCCAAAGACGUCAUCGACGAAAUCCCUGAUCUCCACCGUGCCAUGGUAGCCGUCGGCAAAAUCGAACAAUGUUAGCAGCUCCGGCAACAGGACAGACAAAUUGUGAGCAUACCCGUGUCUGAGCUUUGGUGCUUUCCGAAUGGGUCCCUUUUUGUGCCCUUAUUUUGGCGCAUUAUUGAGGGAUGCAUCUGAGAUGCUCAGGCCUGUGGGUUGUACGGCGCAGCACAAAUUGGUUGGGUCUGUCUCUUGUUCUGGCUUCGGGAGCAGCGUAGAUCGGUUGGGUUCGAUCGUCUUCAACCAGAGAGAGUGGGAGAGUCUCAAGUCAGUUCAUAAAGGUUGCUUCCAAGUUUCCAGUGGAUCUCCAGGUCACUUUCAAAUGGAUGUCCUUCUUGCUUCACUUUACGAGGUACAUAAAGAUUCAGCUAACUGCAGUGAUGGAAAAUGGAUAAUACGAAUCAAGAAGACUAUCUCUGGUCGCUCUUGGAAGAUUUGGUAAAAGAACACCUGAGCAACCCCUGAAGAAAGCGUGCAAAGAACUUUUCAAAAUGGAUAGCUCGUCAACUUCAAUAGCACUUGAAGAUGCUCACAUGCAACUAACACCACAAGAAGAGCACCAGACUCUUGGGUAAAAAAAAAAAGAAGACGGAUAGCCAUGAAGAAUCAUCAACUUUUUGGGAAGAAGGGAAGCUUAGUACCAGACCGAAAUGUUCAGCUUUUGGGAAUGAACAAUGAUCUACUUGAUCUUUCCUCUUAUCUUUGUAAUAUUUUCCUUCCCUACCAAACUUAAAUUUCUAAUCUAUGUAAUUUUUAAAUCGUACCAAUGUUUGCAGGUCAAUUUGCCCGGGAACUUAACUCUGCUUGUUCACCUCAUCCAAUAACUAUAUGUAUUUGCAAAUUUCCAAGGAACACUAUAAAUCUUUUUAAUGCA